AUGACAAAAUGCUUCUACGCCGAAUGCCCCAGCGAUCACACUGUCAACUUUCCUGCUGUACCUAUAAGUACGGUUGAAAAGCUUCGUGCUCAAAAUGCCAAAAGAGAGCAAGCUCUCAAGUCGAAAAAGGAGAAGAAGAAAGGAAAAGAACCUGUGAAAGCCAAUGAAGAGAAUAGUUGUUACGUUGAAGUGAUCAAUUGGGGGAAAUCUGGCGGAAGAGUGAUUGGCAACAAGAGAAAAUGGACUCUCGAAGUCGAGAGAAGAGCAUUCACUUGCAACUUUGCCAAUGUGGACGAUGAUUUUAUCUUGAAUAACAAUGCAGAUUUUUUCUAUUAUGACAUGAACGACCAGAAUGGCAAGAAAGAUAAGGGUGACGAAAUCGAACAAGUCAAAUAUCCCUCCCUCAUGAAUUAUUUGUCUCGAUUUUCAGGAGGGGUUUCGAAUGUCGUUGAAUGCAUCCGUGACCACAACAACCACGACAGUGCGACGUUCCCAUUCGAAAGGUUUUUGGAAUUGCUAGUUAUUCAAAAAGCCCAGUGCAAAACAGUUAUGGUGAGAAAGAUGAACGAUGAGUCGUUUGAAAUGUAUUGUUUUCAGAUUGUUCCUGAUGCGAUUCAGAAGCUGACGUCUUACUACGCUCUCAUUCAGCCUCUCACCGUCGUUUCAACCAUGGUCAAGGAUGGAACCCUGCUGCACAUCGGACAGGCGUUUCUAUUCAUCUGUCUUAACGUGAUUUGUGGUAUUGAUUGGGAAAAAAUGCAACACGAGAAACUGUACGAAAGUUUCGAAUCCAACGUUGGUUAUGUUUUUGAUGUGCUCAUAGAGAAGGUCAUCGGUGAAAAAACAAUUCAGACAGAGGAAAUGGUAUACGAGUUUGUCGACGAGUUCAGGAUUGCCCUUGUCGCUGACCAUCUCAGAAAACAGCCACUUCUUGAAAACGUCAAAAAAGAUGAUUGUUUAUACGAGAGUUUUGCAUAUGACGCAAAAAUUUCUUUCGAAGAACACAAGCAGCACUCCGCUCGUCUUGGAUUGACCAACUUUAUCGAGACAGCAUCCAAUGUUAUUCCGGUGUGGCAAGCAAGAAUUUCGGUGAUCGCCGGAUACUUUGCAAACUUUUUGAAGUUUUCUCCAAUGUACGAAGUUAUAGUGCUCAAACUCGUUAGAAGUGCUCUGUAUUAUAAAAUGCCACUCGAGGAGAGAAAUAAACACGCCGGAAUGCUGGAUAGAAUCUUCUACGAUUGGCUCGAAUGCAUUGGACACGGAGGUCGCUCUCGUGAAUCGUUGAAAUCCAGUCUUGCGUUCCCUUACCUUGGAAGCAUUCUCAAAGAAGAAAAAUACAGACGACCGGCUAAAGACAAUGCACCCGGAGCAAGUGGUCUUGCUGGUCCAUGCUCUUCUGAACAGCAACAAGAUGAAUCGGCAGCAGAGGCUGUGGAUAAUUCGAAAGCUGGUACCUCAGAUCAAUCUUUGAAGUUAGAAAUCGUUGUUGACGGAUCGAAAGAUAAGGAAACAGAGGAGUCAGAAAUCCAACUAUGCUUGAGAUUAAUGAAUCAGUUGGAUAAUGCGAGAAAAGACAAAGCUGAAAAAGACGAAAAGAAGCCUUUGGAGUCGGAGUACACCAAAAUGUUUAACGAGAUAAGAGGAACUAAUGAACGAUUUGAGAAACUGAAUUCCAGUCUCAGAGCGAAAGAUGAGGAACUCAACAGGUUAAAUUCUCAAAAUUUUAGGGAAAUGAAAAAACGGAAGGAUUUGGAAACAAAAGUGCAUAACUUGGAAAAGUUAAAAAAAGAGGGAAAGGAAACAUAUAAGAAGCAACGUCUGAGCCUUGAGGAGAAGUAUCGUGCGCUUGAGCUUCAAAGUCAAAAGUUGGUGUUAUUUUACAAUUAUUCUAAUUUUAAAUUCAAUUUUUGCAGGGAUAAAGCCGAUUUCGAUAAAAAGCUCAAAGCGAAGGAAGCUGAAUUAUUAUCGGAAUCAAAAGCAGCAAAAGCAGCGAAGCAGCAGGCAAAACAACUGCAAGAACAGCUCAAUAGCUCGAAAAUUUUGGAAACGAAAAUGCGUCAAAUGGAGAAGAUUAGAAAGGAGGAAAAAGAAGAAUUUGAAAAGCGACGCGUGAGCAUGGAAGAGAAGUAUUCGAAGCUUGAGCUGCAAAGUCAAAAGUUUGUGUCAUUUCACUAUUCAUUUGAUUUCAAAUUCAAUUUUUGCAGGGAAAAAACCGACUUCGAAGGAAGGUUCAAAGCAAUGGAAAAUGCGUAUUUGUUAGGAGCGAAAGCAACAGAACAGGCAAAGAAGCAUGCAGCAGAAACGCGAGAUCAGCUCACUUUUCUCGCAACUGAUAUUCAGCAACAAUUGGAGACUAAAAUGAACCGGAUCAUUUCAGUCGAGGUUGAAUUGCAGCAGCUGAAGACAGAAAAGGACCAGAUUUUGAAAGGCAGGGAAAUGAUUGUUGUAGAGAGUCGGGAGAUGAUCAAACAGCUAGAUUUGUACAAAAACCGAUGUGCUGCUCUUGAGAAACAAAAUGAGAACGAGGUUCAAAAGCGCCAAAACAUUGAGCAUGAGAAGAAAUCCCUUGAGGUAAAGCUGCAAGAUCAACAGAAACUCUACAAUCUCUGCUUGUCGAGUAUGGACCAAAGAGGGGGACUUUUCGCUGAUCCUUCACCUUCCACCGCAUCCCAUCCUCAAAAUCUUGAAAUUUCAUCCAACGACACUCAACAAGUUCUGAGACAAAGUGUUGAAGCUAAUGAGCUGUAUUGCUUGAAGCAGUUCUACGCUCUCCCUGAUUACUAUUCCCUCUACAAAGAUCAUUCGGCAUUCACUGAAUCCUCCCAGACUAGAGAUAUCAAUGCUACGAAUGAUCCACAGAUCACCUCGGUCUACUCAUCCCAGCAUUAUGACAACACACCUCCAGGCACCACCAACAACUCUUCCCCAUUUUCUGCGGAGUUCCCUAAUGAAUCGGGAACAUCUCAUCCGGAACACAACGUGUAUGCUCCUAACUAUUUUUAA